AACCAGCUCCUCUAUAUACAGAACCAGCUCCUCUGUAUACAGAACCAGCUCCUCUAUAUACAGAACCAGCUCCUCUAUAUACAGAACCAGCUUCUCUAUAUACAGAACCAGCUCCUCUAUAUACAGUUCCUGCCCCCCUAAAUACAGAACCAGCUCCUCUAUAUACAGUUCCUGCCCCCCUAUAUACAGAAGCUAUGGAUUCUCAGGCCAUGAUAGAUUAUAUCAGGAGUUUCAGGCUGGAUUCCUGCCGCCAUGGUAAUCAGGGAUACUCCCGGGUUCUCCUCCAGCUCUUCGGUUACACCGGUCAUGGGAAAUCGUCCUUCAUCAACUCCUGUAAGUACGUCCUGGAUGACGGUCCAUACAAGGUCUAUGCUAAGGUGGCCAGGUCAGAUAAUAAACCUGGGACCAUGAUAAGAAAUUCGUAUGAGCUGACCGAUACCGUCACCCUGGUGGACAACCGAGGAUGUGUGAAGAUGACCAAAUAUGAGAUCGGAGUAAUCUACGCUCAGCUGGGGAACUUCCAACCGCUGGACAAUAAAGUAGAAUGGCAAGAGAAUUAUAUGGAUAUGGUGGAGACCCUGCUGAACUCCGAGAGACGCGAUCAGUCAUCAGAUUUCAUUGUCCCUGUGUUAAUCUACAGUGCUGAUUGCUCGCUCACCAACUACAAUGACAUCAAAGAAAUUCUCAUUGCCGCAAGAGAUAUAACAGGAGUCUUCCCAACUCUGGUCCUUACCCAUGAGCUCAGUCAGCAUCUACAAGAGGUUAUCGAAAGCUUCCGGCAGAUGGGAGUGAAGAACAUGUUCUCUCUGGAAAACUACACAAAGGAAGACUCAAUGAAGACCCGGGGGAAACAUGAGACCAUCUUAAAAUGUCUUCAUGAGAUCAUCAAAGAUGUGGAGUUUCGGAUGCUGGAGGAACGUGACGUCAUCGGUGAAAAUAUUGAGCGAAAAAGGAUCCUACUGAAAUUUGCUUAUGACAGAGAGACGGAGAAACAACAGAAAGAAAUGGAGAAACAAAGAGAAAAAGAGAGGAGAAUAUGUGCUGUCCUGUAGAGUCCGUACAUGGCGCCAUUCUUGUCGGGCUCCACGAUUCCAGGUCUGGAGCCGGGUGGAGGAUAACACAUAUUUCUAUAGGGCAUAAAGUAAUUGUAGUUGAUUAAACCCAAAUUCAAUGGACCCCCUGUAAAGUUUUUCCACAGGUGGACGUAUGACUAUCUGGUCCUCACAUUAUAAAAUAAUAGGCACUAAUAUUAUGGAACUAAAUUUCAGGUUUAAAAAUUAAAGAAAUUGGGGCUCAGUCUUGAAUAUUGGAUUAAAUUAAAACGUGUAUUUAAA